AUGGAUAUUAAUCAUGUGAUAUUGGACAAAGAAGCAAUUAACCGAUUUGAGCAAUACACGCCAGCCAAACCAACACUAAAUGGGGGAAUUGUAUUGGAAAAAUGCCAAGAUGUGGAUUCAAUGGCUUCAACUAGCAAAAAACGAACUCAAACUUCGCGCCAAAAAGUUGUUUGUUGCUUCUGUUUCAAGACUACUAAAUACAGACGAAAACAGUUUAUUAUUGGAUCUUUAACAAAUAUAGUUAUAUUUUUUAUUCUACUAGCGUAUACUUUUUUUGGUUCAAUUAUAUUUCUUACAAUUGAAGGAGAAACAGACAUAAAUGCGCGACCAAGAUUAUUACCAGAUAGACAAAACAUUAAUCAAAGGGAUCAGAAUAACACAAAUCAAAAAGAAAUGCACAAUAAAGAUCAAGAUAACAACAAUUUAACCCUUUCUGCUAAUUAUUUUUGGGAUGCAAGAAGCAAAGCAGUGGAAAAUAUAUGGGAGAUAACAGUUUCACUAAAUAUUUUGUACAGAGAAAACUGGACGCGGUUAGCAGCACAAGAAAUUUUAAAGUUUCAAAAUGAACUUGUACAACGCGUUACAACUGAAAUGGCAUCCCAAUAUGGUAUCAGUUAUAAGGAACUUGCCUUGGGAGAAUUUGGUAGCGGUGAUGUAAGCAAUCACUACGAAGAGUAUGAAUGGAAUUUGGCACUUGCAUUUUUUUAUUCACUGACUGUCUUAACAACUAUUGGUUAUGGCAACAUUGCACCGAGAACAAUUCUUGGCAAAGGAGUCACGAUUUUAUAUGCGAUUUUUGGUAUUCCAUUAACACUUGUUUAUCUUUCAAGUGUUGGUUCACUUUUAUCCAAAAUGGCAAGAAGUGUUUUUAGUAAAGCACUGUGUUGCUGUUUAUGUUCAAAUUGUGGUUACUGUUGUUACGAUGAACGUCGUAUGGCAGAAAAGGAAAGAAGAAUGAAACUUCGCAGACAGCAAGAGGAAAUGCUUAAUAGUCAAAACACUAGUAAGACCCCAACGGAAGAGUGCUUUGUUUUGAAAACUGACAGUCAGAAAGAUUCUUCUAGUUCUGAACGACCAACAACAAGUACAGCUAAGGAUGAUAUUAUAAGUUGGCCUGAUACGGACUCCAAACUUUCUAUGCACGGUUUAAGUAUUUUAGCCCCAGUUUUACUGUGUCUUGCUGCAAUAUUUAUUUAUAUUGCUUUAGGAGCAAUAAUUCUUUAUAAAAUUGAUAAUAUGGGUAUUAUAGACGGAUUCUAUUUUUGUUUCAUGGCUCUUAGCACUAUUGGAUUCGGUAGCGUAAUCCCCGGUAUGAGCUAUACGACUAUCAAUGGUGUUAGAUAUUAUACAAUUAAUUCUUCAACUUUGUGGUUUUGUUCUGUGUAUACAUUAACUGGAUUAGCAUUAACUGCUAUGUGUUUUGGUGUUAUUCACGAUGAAAUAAUAUAUAGAAUAAAACAUCAGCAAAAAGAAUGGUCACAAAAAAAUAAUAUUGUAAACGAUGAAGGUAAUAUAAAUGAUCCGUUUUACAUGAGUUCUUGA